UAUGUGUAUGUACUAAUUAUGUGGUGUUUCAGGCAAUAGGAAGCUCUGUCGCUUGUUCAUUUGGCAGGUCUGUUAACUGGUGUUUUGGAAGGUGAGGAACAGAAAACAAGAAAUGGGAAAAGCCAGCAAAUGGAUCAGAAACUUCCUUCUGGGGAAAAAGGAUGAGAAAAUCAAGAAGAUCGAUGCAUUAUGCUCUGAGGAUAUUAAGAGUUCUAACACGGGGAGUCUGAUCGUGAGUCCCAAAGUGAAGCGCAGAUGGAGCUUUGGAAAACUAACAGGUGGAAGAAUAACAAGCAAGAUAGUAGGGCAUAAAUUUUCCAGGUCUUUUGACUCUGGUGAGUCUGCAAAACUGCAAAUACAAGCCUUGUUGGAAACAAAGGCUUCAAGGCGUCUUCCAACACCACUGCCAAGAACUUACAAAGAUAAAAACAAAGCUGCUACAAAGAUUCAGGCUGGUUUUCGCUCAUAUUUGGCAAGGAGAGCAUUGCAUGCUUUAAGGGGAUUAGUAAAGUUACAAGCACUAGUGAGGGGUCACCUUGUGAGGAAACAAACAACUGCUACCCUGCGUGGCAUGCAUGCGCUGAUGGCCAUACAAGUUAGAGCGCGAAUUCACAGAAUUCAAAUGGCAGAGGACGUAAACCUCCUUGGAAAACAGCCUCCACAACAUAGAGAAGUUGCACACUUCAGAGACCUAGUAACAGAAGAAAAUAAAGAUUCAAAGGAUAUGAGUGUGGAAGAAAUGUUGGAGGCUUUGAGAAGCAGAAGUGGCCCUCUAGAUGGUUCAUAUGUUAAGGCGGCCAGAGAACGUGAUUUCAUGACAGUCUAUUCCAAGCAUGUGCCAGUUGUUUCCAAACGAAAACAUCAAUACAAGAAUACUCAAAUCGUAGAGCCCAACAGCCCAGAAAACUUCCGGGUCAUGUCUGAAUUUAACACAACGGCAAUGGCCGCCUUAUCGACUUCUCAGCGUCACUUAGUGCCUCACCGCCAAUCACUGUCACCAAAUUACAUGAACAAGACAGAAUCUUCCAGGGCUAAAGCAAGGUCGCAGAGUGAACCGAGACAACGACCCAAAAGGGGAAUGAGGAACAAAGGGAAGUCUGUGGAAUCCCCAUUGAAUGGUCCAAGACAAAAUCUGUUCUCAAACUCAUUACGUUUCGAUCAUGGAAGCCUGGAUCUUUGGUCUAUCAAUCUUCAUGGGGACAGGAAGCGCGAUUCCUUUGGCAGCAGCUCGGUCACUACUGAUUCCUAUUAUUGA